AUGGCGCACACCGCCACAGGUGUCGAUGGGCGGAGCUUCGUCCCCUGCCUCCGCGGGCUAUUUAGGCUCCGAUACGACCAGGAAAGCGCAGAGGUGAGUGAGGUUCCCGACGGACGGUUCCCUCGCGCUUCUCGCUCGCAAGCAGAGCAAAUCAAAAUGAGGGCGAUAUUCUUCCUGGCGUUGGCUGCACUGGCCGCCGCUGAGCCAAGUCAAAGCAAGGUCAACAUCGUGAACGAGCCACAGGAUGGCGAUGUCCAUAACAGGGUCAAGAGAGAGCUCACGGGAGACCCGGAUGGCCACGGCCCAUAUAUCAACGUGGAUAUGGAGAUCAACGCUGGACCCCAUGCGCACGUAGCCGUUGACGUUGACGUCAACAUUGGUCAGUAACGCUUUGGCUUUUUCCGUAAUACUUGAAAACAUGUUGUAUGUUGUAUAAUAUAGUUCUUUUUUGGAUACUUUACUAAAGAAAAAAAAUAGAUUUGGAUACUUUACUAAAGAAAAAAAAAUAGAUUUGGAUACUUUACUAAAGAAAAAAAAUAGAUUUGGAUACUUUACUAAAGAAAAAUGUAGAUUUUAUAAUUGUAUGAACAUGAUGUAAAUAAUGUUUGUGCAUGUUUGGUUUUCAGGGAAGAAUCGGUUAGCACUUGUGAUUUUGUUUUGCUUUUCUUGCACUUUUGAAGGGUGUCUACCUCUACCUCUAUUUAUUAACCAUGAUUAUCCCCCAACAUCACUGAAAGAUUUAAGCUCGAGGACCAACUGUUGCAUUCAACGCAGAGCUUCCAAGAGGAAUGCGUCACGAAUGUGACGCAUUCCUCUUGCAAGAGAAACCAGACAGACGCUCCUCAAGGCAACUGCGCAGUUACAAGUGACCUUUAUGGAAGGUGUUGAGUAUAACUAAGAAUAGUUAUUUGCAGGGCUUCAUUGCGAUGAUAAUUUUUUUUCUCCAAAAUUUUCUGUUAUUCAGUGUAUAAAUAAAGGUUUGAAAUCA